AUGGUAGAUGACAGAGAAAUGGAAGGUCAUCUUGCAGUCAGUGACCUUAACGAGAGCAUGUCGGAAGAAUCAGCGGAAAGGUCACGACACUUGGCAGAAUUGAAGGACGAAUGCGACUCACUGAAACUAAAGGUCACUGAAGCCGAAACGAAAAGAGAUGAAUACGCAACCAAACUCGCCGAUGCUACUCAGCGGUUGUUGACAAACACUACUGAAGUCUUCAAGCUCAGGAAUGACCUGAAGCUCCGUGACGAGAAUAUCGGGACCCUCCAGAAGGAGUCAUACGAUCACCAGAGAAGGGCUGAUGAAGCCGCUAAGGUGGCAAAGGACUUGCGAGAUCUUACAGCCACCGAAGGUGUACGGUUGAAUAAUGAAAUAAGACAGGUGAUGCAAGAGAACAAGGUGUUGAAGGAGGACAACAAAAAGGUCACCGAUGAGAUCAAAGAGUUGAAGGAAGCCGCCAAGACGAUUGCAGAACAAGGCGCGAGGUGGGAACAUGAGGCACACCUUUUGGAUGAAAAGGUCACGGUGCUCGAACUGAAAGAUAAAGAAUGGCAACAGACGGUACAUCAGAAAACACAGGAGAUCAUCAGACUCAACACGGAGCUGAUCAAUAUGACCCAAACGGCAAUGACGAGGGAAGAUGAGGUCACCCGUACAAAAAACCAGCUGAAAGCGGCAGCUGAGGAAUACACGACGUUGGAAAGGGAUGUGACCCAGUUGGCGGAACACAUUAAGAGGAUGGAGAAUGAUACUGAAAAGGUCAUCCAGGAGAAGACCUUCCAACUCCAUCAGCACAUGCUAAAGGUCAACGAGGAGAAUCAGAAUUUGAAAACGGAAAAAGAGGAAUUCCAGUUGAAAGUCCGUCGCCUUGAAGAUGAAAAUAAGGCGCUCAACAUGUCGAAUAAACACAAAGAUGAACAACUGCUGCAAUAUGGAGUCAGAACAGCAACAGUGGAGUCACCCCCGCCCAGUUACAAAGCAUCGACACCUAUAAGAAUGGAAGGUGAAUACGGCUAUGACACCUCAUAUGGUGAAGGAUCGACGUCGUCAGCGGGAACGGCUCAGAACGAACCCGGAACAGUUCAAGGAGGUUACUAUGGCGACCAAGGGUAUUACGUGUAUCACGAUCCAGGACAGCAGAUGAAUUACCAGGACACGGUUAGCUGGGUGCACCACGGCUCACCUGCCGGAACCCAGUAUUCGGGACAAGUAACGGGCACCCCUUAUCAACCGUACCCGGGAUCGUAUACCCCACCGUCGGGACCCUCACAGAUGAUAAUGGGACCGGCAAGAAUGUUGAUGCCGCCACCACAACAGACUACACCAAGCCGAUUUACGGGACAGGGAGGAUUCGGUGGAAUGAUGGGAUCUCCGAAAGAGACAAGACACUUGGAAAUUCAUCCCCCGGCACAAGAAGGCGGAGCCGGAGAGACGGAAGAGGCGCAGGGCACGUCGGCAAAUGUAACUGAAACAGGAGGGGCCAGACGCUCGCUACAAAGAGUACUCGAGAUUGCCCAAGGAAGUCAUGAGCACCUUCAGUGUGAUGAACCAAACUGUGCCCAUUGUAAUCCACCUGGUGACGACGAACCAGAGUCGGAAGACGAUAACCCACCUGAGGAAGAAGGCUCAGACGAAGAAACGACCGACAAGCAUAAAAAGCCCUCAAAAGUGAAGCCCUCAAAAGUCAAACCGAGGAAAGCGCCCAGAUUGGAAGAGGCCAUGAACCGUGACAAGGUUAAGAAAGGCGAUUUUCUCAAGAAACGACGGGAGGAAGAAGAGAAGAAGAAACGACAGGAGGAAGAAGAUAAGAAGAAAAAGAGCGGUGAUGAAAGCGAUAGCACAAGCACCGGGAAGAAGAAAAGGGAAGGAUCAAAGAAAAGAGACGAACCAGCGUCUCAUGAUGUUGAGAUAUUGGACGAGUCAGUUGGUGAAGUUGAAGAAAGGUCAUCGACACCUACGAAGUCAAAGAAAGUUAUCCAAUCGGCUACAGCAGAGCCAUCAAAACCCAAAGGAAAGGUCAUAGCAGUGAAACAAGUUGUCCCCAUCGUCAUCUCUGCAUCCACGCCAAAAGAGCGCAAGGACAAACAGAUCCGCGAAAAAGCGAAACGGGAGACGUCGCGUGAAUCGGAGGCAUCGGAAGUGAGCCUUCCAAGCACUUCGACGGUCAGUGCAAGGUCACAUGCGGAUUCGAAAACGACACGAUCAAGAACCACUGAACCAAGGAGCUUAGCGGAAGCACUGGAUAAAAGGCAAAAAGCAAAGAGCGAACCCGUUAAGACAAAAGGAAAGGUCAAGACAGCCAUAAAAGUCGACGCAAUGGCAAUGAUCAAUUACACUGAACCAGAUGGAGAGAGUGAACUGGAUUUCACCUCAGAUGAAGAGUUCGAUGGUUCAGACGACGACAAUUUGACCACGGUCGAUGAAAUCAUCAACGCGUAUAACGGAGCCGAGAAGAAUUUCACACGAAUAAGAACAGCAUCGGUGACAGCGAAAUUUAAAGCGGGCCUGAAGACUUAUCUGAAGAAACAGAGUCGCAGCUUCACUAAACGAAAGUUCGACGUUGUAUUGGAAUUCGCACGGAGUGCAGGGAAACUUAUCCAAAAGCACCCAAACUUUUCGUAUAAAGCCAAGCUGUUCAGACCUGCCAGUUCGGACAAAGCGCUGACUACUCCGAAUGAAGCGGUCCCAAUGCGAGUAGAAAGGGCAAUCGCAGGAAUGACAAGCCCGUUAGGAUCAACAAGCCAUCGGAUUAGCCAAUAUAUUAACGCAGUUUGGAAUGAUGGGAACGGGAUGAUAAAGGAGAUCGACACGGCAACCGAGCGCGUACUGCCAAAGUUGAUUAAACAGAAUGUCCUUGCCACAACAAACGCAAAUAAAGGACAUCCAAUCCGAUACACGAGAGUUGGUUUGAUACCACCGGAAAGACAAAUCCACUGUCACAUGUCUGACAGUCAGGAUACGGAAAAGGUCAUAGUCCCAUCGAGCGGAGACCCGUCAACUCCGAUAUUGGAUCAGAUUGCACAGAAAACGGCCGAAGAAGAUGCAGCGGCGAGGUUGAAAUCACAAGCCCCGAAAGUGCCGAGGAAAAAAGGACCAAUGGACUCGGAAUCGGGAAGUGAUGACGAUACUACAAUAACGGCUCCUUCUGGACCUGCGACAGAAAAAGAUGAACAGUCGAAAGGUCAAAAGACAUCUGGAACUACCGCAGAAGUUCAACCGAAAGGUCAUGAGACUUCAGACAAACGGGAGAAAGAAAAGGUCAUGCUCCCGAUGGAUAAGGCAGCGGCAGAAGCUGAAGCGGAUUCGGCGCGACAGGUGUUUCACAAAUCACUGUUCAUACCAUUAAAGGAGGUCUUUGAGAAGGAACGAUCGAAGUCGGUUGGCGAUCUAAAAGGUCAAGAGACUUUGCCGCAAGAGGAGAAGAAGACAGCCGAACCAAAAUCAGCGGGGUCAUCAUCAGGAUCAUUGGCAAAGCUGAGGAUCGAUGAAACAGCGACAGCUGACCCAACGGAUUCGACAUCCUCCCAGAAAAGUAGCGAUACACCAGUGAAGGAGGCUACAGAUUACACGUUAGGGCCGGCAUUGGACGUAAACAACCGUACAUGGAAGGAAGUCCAAAAUACGCUCCAGAUGGUCAGAGAAGGCGAACUACUUGGCCCCGAACUGAAGAGACAAGUGGCUGAAAACUCGAAGGGGAGGUCGUCACUCAAUAUGACCGAAAGAGUUCUGAAACGAGCAUACAAGGAAGGGAAAUUAGGAUGUAAAUACAACAAGGACAACAAGGUCAUUUAUUACCUACCGAAACAGGGCCGAGAGCGUACUCCUAGACUUCCAAUGGCAUUAGAGGCAUGGAAGAUAGCCAUCACAGACGUGGCUUUGGACGCCAUCGGAGGUACCAACGGAGCGUCAUGGGGUGACCUUUCAAAUUUCAUGGCCGUUCAUUAUGAAUUGGGCGAAUUGAACAUCGAGAAAGAUAAGGAAUGGAUCAAGAAUGCGGUGGAAGCUUUGAUUGCGGACGAAGCAGUUCACAUCAACAGCGAUGGCCGGAUAGAUUUUCCACCGUUACCACCACCAGAGAAAGAAGCAGAAUGAAUGUCGACAGUGUAAUAUGCAGCGAAUUGAAGAAGAAAGAUGGCACAAAAAGGUCAAGCCACUCCUAAACGUUCGGGAAUGGCGGCAGACAUCGAUCAGUUUACGGGCUAUAAUCCAAAAUGUCCGGACUGUUUACGGAACAACAAAAAGGUUGAUAAGAAAUUCCCUUGCUACACUUGUAUUCACAAGCUGGAAGACCCACAUGUCGUCACGCUUGUUGGGAUCAUGGAAGCCAAACGUGGGAACUUGGACGUUUUUCGAAAUCUCAUAAGCGCAAGAAAUUACGGCAGCAUCCCAGUAGAAGAGCGAAUGCUAUUUGAGGAUCGUUAUCGGGAAGCGAUCCGAAACAACGAACCUGGUUGGGAUGACACCUUGGAACCGUUGAAAUGUCCACAAACAGACGCGUAUCGAAAGAAGUUUGAAGAAGAUCAAGAGAAGAUGCGUGUUCAGCAAAUGGAGGAUGAAAUCAGAGCGAAAAUUAAUGCGGAAAAUAAAAGAGCAAGUGAACAGGCCGCACGGGAAGCAUUGCCCAGUACGUCGGGUUUAGCUGCACCCACGGGCAUGGCCAGCCUUAAUGAAGACGAAAUGCAACUUGUACGACAGUCGCUCAUCAUACAAAUCGAAACGUUAACGAAAGAUCCAGCUGCUAUGUCAGACGAGUUAUUCAAAAUGCUGUUGCGGGAGAAGAAACGACUGCAAGACGGGUUCGCGCCGGCACCAUACAUAAAGAAGGAAGUCGAAAGACGUAUGGAUGACCUACGUAAAUCUCGCCGAACCGAAAGCGAUGUGCUGCAAGCACUCAGAAAUUUUAAACGGGACGAAGGUUUCAUUCGACCUCGAUCGCCUCCGCAUAGAGAAAGGUCACGCGGACAUUCACGUGAACAUGAACGGAUUUCUGAAAGACGGAGCGAAAGGUCACGUGAACACUCUCGUGAAAGGACACGUGACUACCACAGUGAAAGGUCACGCGAACACUCUCGCGACCGAGAUUACCGCGGCGGAAGAGGAUGGGUGCGCCAUGGAAAUGAAGUAACAGAAACGAGUGUUCAGAGGAAAAUCGACACGGCAAAGAUCUUGGCAGCCACAAGAGGACGUGAAGAGAAACGGCGUGCGGAGACAUUCCGUACAGAACCCGAGAAGCAAGGACAUCAGGUGCCGAUGGGAGUUGCAUUCCGGAAUCGCAAUGUCAGAAUGUCAACAUCUGAAAGGUCAUGGGACAAAAGACGCGAACAAACGCGGAAUCGAACACCCGACCCACAGGAUAAAAGAUGGCAACAGAGAGCUGCAUUUUAUGCGACCUUUGACUCGGGCUCAAGUAAAAGGUCAUCAAGCACCGAACGGGAAGAUUCACCCCCAAAGUAUCAGCGGGUGGAGUCAAUGGUUCACGUCGUGGAUCCAAUUGUGAGCGUCGUACAAGAGGACGAUGCGAUGGAAGGAACCCGUUCGAUUGUGGAAGCGUCUCAAGAAAACGUGACCCAUCGACGAAACGUGAUUUUGGAUAGUGACCUUCAACCGGCUACACCGACGAGUAAUGAAACGUCGCAGCCUGAGUCAGGAGAGCGACGUGGACUGGAAGGUCAAGGCGAACCGGAUAAUCGUCGCCAAGGUGAUCAGCGAUUAAACUCCAGAUUUAAUAACCGACAACCUGAAAGCAUUGACAUGGAAUAUAAGACGACUGAUACUGAUGAGCAAACGGUCGAAAUUUGUCGAUACUUUGGACUUGAAUCGGACUCGGUCGAAGCCAACAAAAUUGCCACAAUUCUGAGACAGUUGAGCCAAUUCUUACUUGACUCGGGCUACGCAAAAGAAAUUAAAGAGGGAGUAGAAAAGGGAAUUUUUCGUCGAUUAUUCAUCCACCGCGAUUCGGCACGGGACUGUUAUCUCCCUAUUAGACGGAAUGGGUUACACAGUUUGGUCGAUUUGAGCCUACUGGAUGUGCCACUGGAUACAACGGAUCCAAUUGGGAUGACCCAAUUUUAUUAUCGCGACUAUCCGGAACGACAAGAAUACGUGGCCCAGUUCGUUUUACGAUAUGUGAAUCCAGCUUUCAAGUUGUUAGCUGCGAGAGCGUCGAUCGGAUUACAGGUAGAUCCGAAGGACUAUGCCGCAAAAAGGAUGGGGCAAAAGGUCUUCGCUGCGAGAUUGGCACAUUACAAGACACAGAAUCAAUUGGUGUCUAACACUAUGAAGGACGACAUUCCACCGUUCUUCCGAGCUCAUGUCGCUAAAUUGGGACAACCGAUGGAACACAUCAGCAUAGCGCAUACGGCUCGCAAGGCGCUGAAGAAGUGUAAGACACGGAUGGAAAAGGGCAACUUGAUACAGCGCCAUGCAUCCCAAGUUGAAGAAAGGAUUAAUAAGAUCAAAGAUUCUCUGGGAAGCGACUACGUCGAACCGGUGGACGGAAUCGAAACGUACAUCGAUGAAUUCCUAGUGAAGAAAAGCGACCGACGUCCGGAACGCGCUCCCAACCAGAUGGGACGACGCGGCAUACGAAACCAACAGCUGCGGGAUAAUCUCGCCGACGUGCAGCGUCGAUUGGCGGAAGACCCUGAUAACCGAAGACUGCGACUUGAAGAAAAUGACGCGCGUCAUCGACUUGAGGCGGUCAAGCGGAGCCGUCAAGGAAAAGGUCGUGGCCAGCGAGAAGUUGACCCGUCAAAGGUCAUGGAAGUUGACUCAACUGAACCAGUCGAUCGAACAUCUGACCGUAAUCAACCCGAAAGUGCUAAGAAGCGCCCGCCAAGAGAUGGUGAGGGCGAUUCAAAUGAAAUGGAAUAGUGCUGAUCGUUAGGAUCACACUAUUGAAAGGACGUCUACGGCAUUUUGUCGCAUUUAUAGCACAGAAUUGCCUAAAGAAAUCAUGUGGAAUACUAUUGGGGUUGAAAUUGAUUCGGUCUAUAAAGCCGGCCCCAAGGGAGCAGUUACGGCAGUUAGCCGGCUCUCCUCCUUACGCGAUUCAGUGUUAUAAAGUGACAAGAGAAACUACGGUAAUCAAGCCGGAUCUCUUGAAUACGAAACGGGGCCACAAGCGGCGAAAAAGAGAAAGACAACAGGUGGAAUAUUGAUGAGGUUAACUUAAUGCGGCAACCAGCCGGCCUCAUUAGAGUUGUUACGGUAAACUCUGCCGGCACUCUUCUUAAGCGAUUCAGUGUUAAAGGUGAAACGAGAAAAACUACGGUUAUCGAGCCGGAUUUCUCGUAUUGACAUGGGCCACAGGCGGCGAACAAGAGUAAAAGAUUAAAUGUGGAAAUUUCAUGGGGUAAACUUAAUGCGGUAACUAGCCGGCCCCAUCAGAGAUGCUACGGUAAACUUGCCGGCACUCUGGCCGCUCGAGGCAUACUGAAGUUGGAUGUGCGACGGAAAGGUCAAACUGCAAGUUUUACCAGGGAGGCAAGCGAAGAAGUGCUUGAAAGCCGCAGAAAAUUGGCUAAGUCCCUCCAUGACCUUUAAUGGAAGCUUUGACGAGUGGGAUGACCUUUGGGAUCAUCAAUUGCCCAACAGAGUCACCGUAUCGGAAUUCAAGUCGCAUGACCUUUGGGACCAUUAACCCAAAACGAGUCGCACAUCUCAACGGAUCAUCUCAACAAAGGAUGACCUUUACUAGGGAGGAAGCGAACUACGCUUGUCUACAUGACGUCCCUCCAUGACCUUUAUGGAUCUCAUUUUGAAGUCGUACAAUUGAUACGCACCUUAUUCCAAAGAUUGAAGCAGUAUUUCAAGUCGUACUUGAUACGCACCAGAUUCUCAAGCGGAUUGUGAUGAAAAGUCGCACUACGGAUGCGCGGAAUUGCUCAACAGAGCGGAAUGGGCCAAAGUGCAGAAAACGGUGGACAGGACCUGUGACCUUUACGAGUCAGAAAUGGAGGAUCCUAGUCUACAUUUUGAUUAAUACUUUUGUUGAUCUUAUAACUGUUGAUCUGUUUUUAUGAUAGUAUUUUUGUAAUUGGAUCUCUUUAUUCAUAUCGUAUUAAAUGGAAUUGUGCCUUAUGGAAUUGUUGUGAUAUGAUAAAUGGAAUAAGAGAAUUUGAUGUUUUCGAGCACGCACAGACACCGGCGACCGUCUUUUCGUGGAUUCGGGAGUAUGUUGGGCCUCACAGGAGCUCGGCAUCCCCCCAGAGGCAUGUGAGACGAGGCCUCACUAGCGUUCACGCCAGUGGCGCUAGGCGCUACGCCUUUGGAUUACGGUCUGUGUUGUGUCUCGCUUCUGAUUGGCUUGCGCUUUAUUAGUGGGCGCGGCAUAGCACGUGCUGCACAGCGUUGCACGCUGUUGAAUUGGCUCUACGUUUUACGAUCGAGCUGCGCCGAUCACUUGUUGAUUUUCUGUUGCACAGACUUUCAAUAUUAUUAAAAGUCA